CCACGACACCCACCAGUUCCGCAUGGUUACGGCCUAGGCGUAGGUCUUUCAUCCGGUAUUAGAACCAGUCACAUUGGACAUGGUAAACAUGACGGUCGCGGCAGUCAUGGUCCGAUGGAGCGCAACAUAGCUCGGUCAUAUUCUCAAGCUGGUCAAUGCCCGGCUCUAGUGCCUACAACAUUUGGUCACAUACCGAGUCCAUGAUAGAAGCCAUGAUAGCUGGUAUCGAUUGCCAACCAUACCUGCUUUCAAGGGUCUUGCGCUCGAGGUGGAACAACCAAGGGAGGAACGGAAACAAGGCACGAAAGCGCACAAGUCAAGCAUGCCUUUAGUGGAGAAUCGACGGCGAAGGAAACACAUAGUAUGGAUACAAGGACAAAAUAUUGUGCAAGAAUGGAUCACGGAGUGCAGCUGGGAAUAAUCCCCUCCAAGGACCUGGGCAGCACAUGUUACGGCCCGAUGAAACUCUGUUUGGCAGCCAGCGUCAACGCAGAGGAAAUUGUCUUCCAAAUGAGCAGGAGCAAUUAGCGAGCUGGCAAGUGCUGAUGCGUAAUGCCAACAGCAAUUCAGAGACUUCCAGAACGAUGCAGUCGCCGUGCAAUGGCACUCAACGUCAUACUAAAGAAUGCCAACAAGCCGAAUGUGACUAUGAAAGCUCAUGGUCUGUUGACCAGAAAGAACAGGCAAGGUUGAUGAUGUCGUCAUUCGUGCUUGCCAUUGGCAACCGGGGGUUAUGGUUUAUAGCAAACGUGUUUUGUGAGCCGGGGCCCAGGGUGUUGGAUAUGAGUGAACUACCUAGCAGCGCAGUGGGAGGUUUAGGUUCUCGUCCCAUCAGAGCAGGCUGGUCACGGUCAGCGUUGACGUUAGGGGUCACAGACGCUGCGCGGCGAAAUGCGGAUGUGAUUCGCUGCAGGCUUAGAGGGGAUAAUGUGAUUUGCGUAUGACGUUAGACUCAACAUCGGCGCUCGGAGGAUUCGGUGGUCAAUUGCGAGCGGGAGACAUGCGUUGGGACGAAAACGGG